ACGACAAUUGACAUCGACAUAUGUGUCAAGCACACCCUAUCAUAGUCACCCUAUCUAUCUCAGCAUAAGUAUACGUCGAAACCAGCUUCCCCCAACCUCCCAAAGCCCUUGACUAGCUGUUUAUAUACAUUCUGUGUGUGUGUGUCUUGUGGAUGAUUAUUUCAAUAUAACUAUACAUACAUACAGCAGCGUUACAUAUACACAGCCACGAAGCAGUAAAAACAAUAGAUCGAUUAAACCCUACCAGUUACGAGUUUCCUCAUCUCUCUGUUUUCACACACAAUGGCUGCGAUCGAUCCAACUCGUGGAUUUCUUAAAGAUGUUAAGCGCAUCGUUAUCAAGGUUGGGACGGCUGUUGUCACCCGGGAUGAUGGAAGACUUGCACUCGGAAGACUAGGAGCUCUUUGUGAGCAGAUUCAAAUACUAAAUUCUGAAGGAUUUGAGGUUAUCUUGGUUUCAUCAGGUGCUGUUGGGGCUGGGCGGCAGCGGCUUAGAUACAGAAAACUAGUACACAGCAGUUUUGCUGACCUCCAGAAGCCUCAAGUUGAGCUUGAUGGUAAGGCUUGUGCAGCCGUCGGACAAAAUGGUCUCAUGGCACUUUAUGACACAUUAUUUAGUCAGUUGGAUGUGACAUCAGCACAGCUUCUUGUAACUGAUAAUGACUUUAGGAGUCCGGACUUUAGGAAACAACUUACUGAGACAGUGGACUCACUAUUGUCUUAUAAAGUUAUUCCCGUAUUUAAUGAAAAUGAUGCUGUUAGUACUCGCCGAGCUCCAUAUGAGGAUUCUUCUGGUAUAUUCUGGGAUAAUGACAGCUUGGCUGCUUUGUUAGCUUUGGAGCUUAAAGCGGACCUCCUUGUGCUAUUAAGUGAUGUAGAUGGUCUCUAUAGUGGUCCUCCCAGUGAUCCUCAGUCAAAGCUAAUUUAUACAUACAUUAAAGAAAAGCUCGAGAACACUAUUACUUUUGGUGAUAAGUCAAGGCUAGGAAGAGGUGGAAUGACUGCUAAAGUUAAAGCUGCUGUUUAUGCUUCGCAGGCUGGCAUCCCUGUUGUUAUAACCAGCGGGUUCACUGGGGACAAUAUCAUUAAAGUUCUCCAAGGAGAGCGUAUUGGUACACUCUUCCAUCAGGAUGCUCAUACAUGGGUCUCAACUGGAGAGUUAAAUGCACGUGACAUGGCAGUAGCUGCGAGAGAAAGUUCCAGACACCUUCAGGCCAUGUCUGUGAAAGAAAGGAGUAAGAUAUUACUUGAUAUAGCUGACGCCCUUGAAGCAAAUGAGAAAGUGAUUGUACAUGAAAAUGAAGCUGAUGUGGCUACUGCCAAAGAUGCUGGAUAUGAAACAUCAUUAAUCUCCCGAUUGGCUCUCAAGCCUGGGAAGGUCUCCGCUCUUGCAAAAGCUAUACGUGUGCUUGCAAAUAUGGAGGAGCCGAUUGGACAAGUAUUGAAGAGAACAGAGCUUUCAGAUGGAUUAAUCUUGGACAAAACAUCUUCUCCCUUGGGUGUUCUUCUUGUUAUCUUCGAGUCUCGGCCUGAGGCACUAGUGCAGAUAGCAUCAUUGGCUAUACGAACUGGGAACGGGCUUUUAUUGAAAGGGGGAAAGGAAGCAAGACGAUCCAAUGCAAUCUUGCACAAGGUUAUUACCUCAGCCAUACCAGAAGUUGUUGGUGGAGGACUUAUUGGACUUGUGACUUCUAGAGAUGAGAUUCCUGAGUUGCUAAAGCUUGAUGAUGUUAUUGAUCUUGUGAUCCCAAGAGGUAGCAAUAAGCUUGUCUCCCAAAUCAAGUCUUCUACAAAAAUUCCUGUUCUAGGUCAUGCUGAUGGAAUUUGUCAUGUAUAUGUGGACAAAUCUGCUGAUAUGGAAAUGGCAAAGAGUAUAGUGCUGGAUGCAAAAACAGAUUAUCCUGCAGCCUGUAAUGCGAUGGAAACGCUUCUUGUUCAUAAGGAUCUGAUAGAGAAUGAUGGUGUUAAUGAGCUUCUCAUUGAACUUCAAACUAAAGGUGUUAGCAUAAAUGGUGGUCCAAAAGCAAGCUCCGUGCUUAAUCUUCCUGCAGCACCUUCGUUUCAUCAUGAGUAUGGUUCAAUGACUUGUACCAUUGAAAUUGUGGAUGAUGUGUAUGCUGCCAUUGAUCAUAUUCACGCGCAUGGAAGUGCACAUACUGAUUGUAUUGUUACACAAGACCGUGAAACUGCAGACAUCUUUCUACGUCAAGUUGACAGUGCCGCUGUAUUUCACAAUGCAAGCACAAGAUUUAGUGACGGAUUUCGCUUUGGUCUUGGCGCAGAGGUUGGUAUAAGUACUAGCAGAAUCCAUGCCCGUGGUCCAGUAGGUGUUGAAGGAUUGCUUACAACACGGUGGAUUGCUAGAGGGAGUGGGCAAGUGGUGGAUAAUGAUAAAGGGGUAGUCUAUACUCACAAAGACCUCACCCACCAAGCAUAAUAUCUGUGCUUGAGUGGCAAUGUUGCGACCAAGUGUUGUAUCUUAUAUUUUAACAGCUUUUAAUGCGUUUGCGAACCAAAGCGAACCAAGCUGUGAACAAAACUAUUGGUUGGUUGAUGAUUCAUUAUUUGGGGAGGGAACAAAAAGGGGGUAUUUUAGGUCUAAUUUCUUUUAGCUUCUUAUUAGAGGUACCGAUUAGAUUAUUGUUCUGGCAGUCUCUUUUUAUUUAAUUUUUUAUCCUAGAUGAUGGUAAGUUUUAAUCAUUUAAGGUGGGAUUCUUUCCUUUA